UCUUUUGCGUUCCCUCGCAGUAAUGUCCCGAUCAGUUCAUCCAUCACUAAAUACUGACACUUCCUGCUGUAAUAUGAGGAUUUUUCUCCGUGUAUGUUAAUAUCUGGUUGUGAAAUAUCUGAGGUUUUAUAUCUUUGGGACAGAAAUUCACAUCAGACCUAUGUUGAAAGUGCAAAAGCCAAACAGCCCAAAGGUUUUCCUCUCUUUCCAUCCCCACUGAGACAUAAACAGAAACUUCCCAAGAAAUUAAAAUGCAUCCAAACUAUUUGGACUAUUUCUGAGUUAUUGUCCCAGGGCAAUAAAAUCAUCAGACUGUUGUGAUUGUGUCUUUGUGUUGUUCUGAAUGCUUUAAAGAGCCGUUUUCAUGAGCAGAUCCUUCUCAACUUUACAGACAUAAACAUGCAGUGAAUAAAUCUAUUUUAAUCCGUUUUUUGCACCAGCGUUAAUAAACAAGUUUUCACUGAGGAUCUUUAAAUGUGUAUAUAUCUGAAAUUUGAAAUUGACAUUUGUGAUUGCAUACAAAAUAAUGAGCAAAUAUUGCUUAUUGCGAUUGAACCCAAAAGAACAUUUUCCCCCCAAGACCCCUAGGGGGCUCCGUGGCACGCUGUGCCAGAUCCAGUGUUAUUUAUUUUCUCAAAAUAAAAUCGUUCAUAUUCAAUCUGACAGCAGCUGGUUAGGGAUAAUGAAAGAAUCGUCUUCAGUUUGAACUGGACGGACACAUCGCAGAUGAAGCUAACCGCUAAUAACCGAGUCCAUGACGACCUGACUUCAUGUUGUCGAUUAAAUAAAAGCGUGACCAUGUCUGACGUAACGCCGUCAGGUGGUUCCGACAGAACAGCGGAACCAGAACCUGGAACCACUGGGCUGGGUUGAUUUUCUGUUUCUCCACAGGGAAUUCACCCGGUGCUGGGCUGCCUGGUUCUGUGUCUGGCGCUGAUCCAGCCCAUCCUGGCCUUGAUGCGCUGCGCGCCGCAGCAUCCAAGGAGGUUCCUGUUCAACUGGGCUCAUUCCGUCAUCGCCGUGUCUCUGAAGCUGUUAGCAGUGGCGGCCGUCUUCACAGGCAUGGACAUGAUGGACAGCAGCGGCGACGGCUGGCUGAUGAAGGUGCUGGGCGGCUUCACCGGCUGGGAGGCGCUGCUGCUCAUCCUGAUGGAGCUGCAAGCAAGAUGGCGGAGCGCCGCAGAUGGCAGCAGUCCUGUGGAGCCCGACAAGCUCUCCUGUUUGCAGGUGGGGCGGGACGUCCUGCUGGUGGCGCUCUUCCUCACCGGGAACCUGGCCUUCCUCAUCGCCCUGCUGGUUGGAAUCGGACAGGCGGUGCAUUACUAGCAUCUGGGUCUGCUC